AAGCUUUUCUGGGUCCUCGCCUGCGGGUCAGGGGUGAGAAGUGGGCUGCAGAACGGACCUUGGUGAAUAACUGCCCUGAGUUCACCAAGUUGCUCCCCGGCGCAGCGAGUUGGAAGAACCCAGGAACACUGCUAUCAUCUGGUGCCAGGAUGUCCGGAAUUGGAAAUAAAAGAGCAGCUGGAGAGCCCGGCACAUCCGUGCCUCCGGAGAAGAAGACAGCUGUUGAGGAUUCAGGAACCACAGUGGAGACAAUUAAGCUCGGGGGUGUCUCUUCAACGGAGGAGCUAGACAUUCGAACACUGCAAACCAAAAACCGCAAGCUGGCGGAGAUGCUGGACCAACGGCAGGCCAUUGAGGACGAGCUCCGUGAGCACAUUGAGAAACUGGAACGCAGACAGGCCACGGACGAUGCCUCACUGCUCAUUGUCAACCGGUACUGGAGUCAGUUUGAUGAAAACAUCCGUAUCAUCCUGAAACGUUACGACCUGGAGCAGGGUUUGGGAGAUCUCCUCACGGAGAGAAAAGCCCUUGUUGUGCCGGAACCAGAACCAGACUCUGACAGCAAUCAGGAACGGAAAGAUGACCGAGAGAGAGGGGAAGGGCAAGAGCCAGCCUUCUCCUUCCUUGCUACCUUGGCCAGCAGUUCCAGCGAAGAAAUGGAAUCUCAGCUGCAGGAGCGUGUGGAGUCCUCCCGCCGGGCUGUGUCCCAGAUUGUGACGGUCUAUGAUAAAUUACAGGAAAAGGUGGAGCUCCUGUCACGGAAGCUGAACAGCGGAGGUGAGGCAAGAACCAGCAGACCGGGAACAGUGAGGUUUUCCAAGUUGCAGAGUAAAGUGGAGACAGCUGAGUCACGCGUUUCUGUCCUGGAGUCCAUGAUCGAUGACCUGCAGUGGGAUAUUGACAAAAUCCGAAAGAGGGAACAGCGACUCAACCGACACUUAGCAGAAGUCCUAGAACGGGUGAAUUCGAAAGGUUAUAAGGUCUACGGAGCAGGGAGCAGUCUCUAUGGCGGCACAAUCACUAUCAAUGCCCGCAAGUUUGAGGAAAUGAAUGCAGAGCUUGAGGAGAACAAAGAGUUGGCUCAGAACCGUCACUGCGAGCUGGAAAAACUUCGUCAAGACUUUGAGGAGGUCACUACACAAAAUGAAAAGCUGAAGGUGGAGCUGCGCAGCGCGGUGGAGGAGGCGGUCAAGGAGACGCCGGAAUACCGCUGUAUGCAGUCGCAGUUCUCCGUCCUCUACAACGAGAGCCUGCAGCUGAAAGCGCACUUGGACGAGGCCCGGACUCUGCUGCACGGCACCAGGGGGACCCACCAGCGCCAAGUCGAGCUCAUUGAGCGAGAUGAGGUCAGUCUUCAUAAGAAGCUGAGGACCGAAGUGAUCCAGCUGGAAGAUACCCUGGCCCAGGUCCGCAAGGAGUAUGAGAUGCUGAGGAUAGAGUUCGAGCAGACCCUUGCUGCCAACGAGCAAGCAGGCCCCAUAAACCGGGAGAUGCGCCACCUCAUCAGUAGCCUCCAGAAUCACAACCACCAGCUGAAAGGGGAGGUCCUGAGGUAUAAGCGGAAGUUGAGAGAAGCCCAGUCUGACCUGAACAAGACGCGCCUGCGCAGCGGCAGUGCCCUCCUGCAGUCGCAGUCUAGUACCGAGGACCCGAAGGACGAGCCCGCAGAGCUGAAGCAAGAUCCCGAGGAUGUAUCUGCCCAGUCCUCCGCGUCCAAGGCAUCUCAGGAGGAAAUCAAUGAACUUAAGUCCAAACGGGAUGAGGAAGAGCGAGAACGAGAGAGGAGGGAGAAAGAGAGGGAGCGAGAAAGAGAGCGGGAGAAGGAAAAGGAGAGAGAACGAGAGAAGCAGAAACUGAAAGAGUCAGAGAAAGAGAGAGAUUCUGCUAAGGACAAAGAGAAAGGGAAACAUGAUGACGGAAGGAAAAAGGAAGCAGAAGUUAUCAAACAAUUGAAGAUUGAACUCAAGAAGGCACAGGAGAGCCAGAAGGAGAUGAAACUAUUGCUAGAUAUGUACCGCUCUGCCCCAAAGGAACAGAGAGACAAAGUUCAGCUAAUGGCGGCUGAGAAGAAGUCUAAGGCAGAGUUGGAAGACUUAAGGCAAAGACUCCGGGAUCUAGAGGAUAAGGAGAAAAAGGAGAACAAGAAAAUGGCUGAUGAGGAUGCCUUGAGAAAGAUCCGGGCAGUAGAGGAGCAGAUAGAGUACCUGCAAAAGAAGCUGGCCAUGGCCAAGCAGGAGGAAGAGGCUCUCCUCUCUGAGAUGGAUGUUACAGGUCAGGCCUUUGAAGACAUGCAGGAACAAAAUAUCCGUUUAAUGCAGCAGUUGCGGGAGAAGGAUGACGCAAAUUUCAAGCUCAUGUCAGAACGUAUCAAGUCCAAUCAGAUCCACAAGUUGCUUAAGGAGGAGAAAGAGGAGCUGGCUGACCAGGUUUUGACUCUAAAGACUCAGGUUGAUGCUCAGUUACAGGUAGUAAGGAAAUUGGAAGAGAAGGAGCAUCUGCUACAAAGCAACAUUGGCACAGGGGAGAAGGAGCUGGGUCUUAGGACUCAAGCCCUGGAGAUGAAUAAACGCAAGGCGAUGGAGGCAGCCCAGCUUGCAGAUGACCUCAAAGCACAACUGGAGUUGGCCCAGAAGAAACUACAUGAUUUUCAGGAUGAGAUUGUGGAGAACAGUGUCACCAAAGAAAAGGACAUGUUCAAUUUCAAACGAGCCCAGGAGGACAUCUCUAGGCUGCGAAGGAAGCUGGAGACCACGAAGAAACCAGACAAUGUGCCCAAAUGUGAUGAGAUCCUGAUGGAGGAGAUUAAGGAUUACAAGGCACGUCUGACCUGUCCAUGUUGCAACAUGCGUAAAAAGGAUGCCGUACUUACCAAGUGUUUUCAUGUUUUCUGCUUUGAGUGUGUGAAGACACGCUAUGACACCCGUCAGCGCAAGUGUCCCAAGUGUAACGCUGCGUUUGGUGCCAACGAUUUCCAUCGCAUCUACAUUGGUUGAGCCACGCCAAGAGAAGAGGGAGUGGCUAGACAGUCACUUAUCCAUUAGCCAUCAGACCUCUACCUCUUCUCUCCUCGACUGUCACCUACAGGGCAGUUUGUCUGUCAACUGCCUUUCCUUCGCAGACUGAAUGUCCAGGCUCUCCUCCCUAAUAGCCACAUGACUUCAGGAAAAAGGCGUGGUAACAGCAGUUCUUGGGUUUUAGAAUGAAUUAGAAACAAACUCUUGUUUGCCUUUCUCUGUUUCUUUCCUGCUUUUAGAGUUUUCAGCAUUUUCUUCUUCAGGCUUACUGCAUGAAUAAUCUUGGAUUGUUCAUUCCUUCUGGAGAAGCAAGUUGGUAUUUUUGACAUGGAGAAGGGAACAAGGAAGAGGGGAGACACGUGGCUGUUUUGGGGAGUGAGGGGAUCUUUUACAAGUAAGCUGUCCACGGGCACAAACAUUUCUCGAUUUGGGUAGUAAACUUUUUGUAAAGUCCGAUUAUAAAAUGGUAUCAUUGUGCUACUUUUUCCUGGAUGGUUUGAAGCCUUAAUGAAAUUAUGUCCAGGAUGAUUCGGUCCAUUUCCUAUUCACUAACAAAGUAAUGGUUAAGGUCAGCUGGUUUCCAUGUUGAAGUUAUUUAAGUUUUGACUGUUCUAUUCAUUGAAAGGCCUUUAAAUUUCUUGAGGCCGGAAUAAUUUCAAAUACAGUAGCUUCUUUUAUCUUACAAUGAAAUCAAGAUUGGAGAGGAUGGGGAACAGGACUGAGAUGGUGAAGGGAUCUUCUGAAUACUCUGGGAACUUGAUUACAGGGAGGCCUUGGUGAGCUAUGAAUUACUCUCAUCUGCCUUUCCACAGGGAUUCUUGGGAUCCCUGUUUCCAGAAGAUUCUCCGUAAUGUGUCUGUAGGACUUUAUACUCCAUAAGCUUCAAUUAAAGCAGGAUUCAAUUUGCUUUAGUGUUUGUGUUUUUCAUGGGCAGCCAGGUGGUUUGGGUUUAGAUAUUUUCUGUUUCUGACCCUUGGCUAGGAAAGCUGGCUGCCCAGCAUCGGGGGCCUGCAGCCUCUGGGAUGUCGUGGAGGAAACCACCAGUCCCAUGGGAAGCUGGAUUUAGGGGAAGGUCCUGUAGGUGGGAAGAGCAGGGAGCCCCUAGUCCCACCUAGUGUGAAGUCCUGGCAUGCGGAGAGCUCUUAGAGUCAUUUUGAGAUAAUUACCAAAAAUGGUGGUGAUUUUUGAACAGUCUGACGUCUUUUUACAGAUGAGGCCAAUGAAUGGGCUUCAGGAAUACCCACAAAUUGUAUAUAAAAUUUUGUUUGCGUUGUAUGUACAUUAUUCAUAGCUUUUUUCCCAGAUUCUCAAAGGAAUUCUGAAACUUCAUAAAUUCCAAAAAUGUUCAGAUUUCCUGCUGUAGAUCUAUAAGGAACUUUUUAGAAAAUGUCUUUAAUGCCUAAAUAGAAUGCCAAUUUAAAAGAUUCUUGGAGAAGUACUAGAGUCUUCUUUUUCUAUUUUUUCAGGUCUUAUCGGGAGGGGGGGUCUCUUUUUUCUUUACUUUCUUUUGGUAUUAUCUUGGAAAUUGUCUUGGUAAUUUGGACCAAAGUCUGGGUUGAUGUGCUCUAAGGCCUGUAUCGUUAACUACAUGGCUUGGCUCUUACCGUCUUACCUCUAUAGGGAUCUUUUUCAAAGGUGCUCAGCCAUUUCUGCCAGCUGUGGCAUUCUUACAUGAAUUUCCAUUGGGACGCCUUAUUUAUUUUCUUAAUCUCAAUCCACAUCCAAAGGCAUCUUUGUCCUCUGAGGGCAGUUCUGUGCACAUAGUACUCAGUGCAGGCCACUUGAGUAAUGAAGGUGAUUUGAUAUUGUGGAGAUUCUGGAUAAUAGAGAAGUGGUCAGCUGGCUUCUUUUAGACCUAACUGAGAUGGUGAUGCUUCCUUCUUGAAGGAAGCUGUGUGUGCUGCUCUCAUCAAUUUUCAUGGUCAUUGCUGGUGUGGAAUGCCUUUACAUUUUGGUUUUUAAUUUUGUUGAGGACUGUCAAUUGAUAGAUAAAGCCAAGCACCAGUGAGUCUGCAGAAAAGUUUCCACUACUUCUUAGCCAGGAAAGUCUGCCUGACUUGAUACAAUAAGACAGUUACAUUGAGAGGCAGUAGAACCUGGUGGGUGGUAUGCUUGUUGGAUUGGCUUACUCAGUAGGAAACCCCUGGUGUAGAAAUAACCUAACAAUUUCCUGGAUCUGUAAUCGUCCCACCACAGAGAAAAAGUAAGCUUUCCCUUCUGGAGGUUUCUGCCCACGUUUGUUCUUUAUACUGUCAGAUAUUAAGGUCUUAUUUGUAGCAUACUUCACAGGUACUAAAAUGAAGACAUGGAAACAGUAGUGUCUUAAUGUAGUUCCCAGUCGCCAGCAGUGGGCCUGGCACCCAGCACUCCAGGAGGGUCCAUGCGGUUAGGUUAGUUCAGCUCCUUGCUUCUGCUUCUUGCUUCUGGUCCUGCGGAGUCUGCUGCAUUGGGCCAAUGUGUAAUUCAAACCAUACGCAUGGAUUUUCACCGCCUAAGUGGAAACAAUUUUUCCUCAUAUAUUGAAGUUACUCUUCAAAUUUGGAUUUUCUGAAAAUAUAUGACUAUAUUUUAAA